AUGCUUUUGGUUUGUGAUAAGACAUCGGGCUUGGAUGCAGCCGAAAGCCUGUUCUUAGCUGCCAUCAAGAAUUGUAACCUCAAUUUAGAAGUUUCGGAAUGCGACUAUGACGAAACUGUGUUGAACAGGAUUUUGCAGCUGAGACUGCUUCCUGAUGUGGUGUCAACGGCACUGUACCAGCCUGUCGUAGACCACCUGAUUGCUAAUCAAGGCUCUGCAGAGAAGCACUUCAGCAUCGACGAAGCCACAAGGAGCCUUACCAAUGCUAAUAUGCUGGCAGAAGCUGGCACACUAUUGCUACAGUCGUCACGCACACACCCCGCUGUGUGCACCUUCAAUGCAGCCGUGAAUGCUGCGAGGCGGUGGCUUCGAGGGACGACCAGUGAACCCUAG